CGGAUGAAAAAAUUGGCCGAUGUGUCAUUUUGGCUGCCUUGCUUUGAGCAAGGCUGCCUAGCCAUCCGGCCGACGCCUCCCUGCGUGCCCGAACGUCGGUCCCGCCCCGGUUGCGUUGCUUUGCGCAUAGAUGAUGGCACGAUGACCCCAUUCUGAUGGGGAUGCGGGCAUUAGUUGUGCUGCUCGCAGCCGUCGCGCAAGCAAAUGAGAAGACGCAUCUCCGGAUCCGCAAGGGCAGCCCCGGCAGCGGCGCACAAGUCGACGCCGUCGACGGAUCACCAUGGCAGCCCAGCGCGCAGCAGGCGCGCCGCGGCGUGGCGCGCGACGACGGGGACUGGUUCGCGGCCAUGGCCGGCGAACUCCGUAAAUCGUUGAACGACACGCGCUUCGGCAAGCGGGCGAUGCCCCACGACGCGAUGAAGGCCCGCAAUCUGUUGCGACACAUCUUGACGAAGGAGAAAUUGCGGGACAGUUUGAUCUUGGUCCUGGGCGGUAGGUUAUAUUCAACACAACAAUACUUACAUGCGGACAAGGCCAAGAAGCAUCUGUUGUUACUCGCGGCCAUCCAGAGACGAUUUGGUAGAUUACCGAAUGUCUUCAUGAUCCACGAGACGUCGAGCGCUGGUGUUUGUUACUAUGAUAAACGCCUGCAAAUGAUACCAACCACAGUCAUCGCAAAAAGGGGCGGCUACGACGACUGCGGCCUCCUGGUCCCGAACCCGUACUUCGGGCGGGGCGACGUCGGCACGAGCUGGGCGGCGACGAUCGCUGAACUCCAGGACGCCGCGAACGCCGUGAAGGAGCGCAUCCCGCGCGUUUUUUGGCGCGGCGCCGUCGACAACCACGAGCCCAGUCCGAGCGGGCGGUAUCCGUGUGAACGGGAAUGGGGCAACUACGCGCGGUUGGAGUCCCUAGCGUUGACGCGCGAGCACCCGGAUUUAUUUGAUUCGAAGUGCAACACGCUUUGUGCCCCUAGAGACGAGGCGGCGCAUCCGUGCGACGACUUACCUUAUGACGCUUCCAUGACAGCCAUGAUCAAAAAUAACAUGUCGAGGGUGCGGGAUGACGUCAUGUACGGCGAGCGCGACUACGCGAAUUAUAAAUACGUGCUGAAUCUGCCGGGCAAGACCGACGGGAGCUACUCUAGGAAUCUAAACCACCUGUGGGCCGUCGGGAGUGCGGUGCUAUUGUGGGACGGGCCGGUCGUGGAGUGGCUGUAUCCGGCCCUCAAGCACGGCGAGACGCACGCGUCCGUGUCUCGUUCUUCCGCUAAGAGUGUUGUGGACGACUUACAGGCUAACCCGAUGAAGUACAAAAGACUUGUGGAAGGCGCCCAACGCGUCCAGCGGGAGCUGGUGUCGCCGGAAGGUCUAGAUAGGUAUAUGAGGAUUGUGGUACAAGAACUGAGGAAGGCCCAAUCACAACAUCUCAUACUGGACGCGCCCGAGGACGUCGCUUCGGUAUUUGAAGGCUUGGACUGUGCGAAACUAGGACUCAUGGAGACCUUCGUGAUCCACGAGCAUUCCCAGCAGCGGCGCUACGUCGAGGUGGGCCACCGCAAGGUGACGGACUGCCAAAAAUUCGUCAACGUCACGCGAUGGGCUCAGAGCGUGAACGACAAGGACUGGCUCGACGAGAUCAAGCGGGACCUGAAGAACGAUAGGGAUUUGAGGUACAACCUCACGCAUUCCUCUGCGGGAGACGCGAAGGAGCGCCUGCUCGACCUCGAAGCCGAGCACGCGGCGCAUCGAAUGAAAAUUCGAGAGGUCUGCACGGCCUGUGCUAAGAAGCACUGUUCUGUGAAAACGCUGGACUUCUGCAAGCGGGCGUCGCGCGGCUACGAGCGCCUUACGAGAAUUCCGCAGCACCACAACCACGACGGUCGCCGCUUGUUGGACGGCGGGCGGGGCACCUACGCCGUCGCGCGCGCGGCCGUCUUCCGCAACAAGUGGGUGCGUGUCUUGAUGAUGUGCCUGGAUAUUUUGGGCCUCGUCGUCGCUGCGGUGGGGGUUGGGGGCUUGCUCUACGUCUUCCGAGAGUUCCACCGAACCUUCGACGACACGGCGUCCGGGCGGCGGAAGCGGGCGAAUUCGAUCGAUAGUAGUACUAACUUGUUAAUUUAAAG